UCCAACCUCUUUCUUCACAUCAAAGAUUAUCCCAUUGCAUGCAGUCGCUUGGUGACGGUACCGCGAACACUCCCUUUUCUCGCAAUGGACGGACUUUCGGAGCUGGAUAAGUUAAGACAGGAACUAGCGAGGGCGCAACAGCGCGCAGACGAAGCAGAGCAGCAGCGAGAGCGAGAGCGACAGCGCGCGGAAGAAGCAGAGCAGCAGCGAGAGCGAGAGCGACAGCGCGCGGAAGAAGCAGAGCAGCAGCGAGAGCGAGAGCGACAGCGCGCGGAAGAAGCAGAGCAGCAGCGACAGCGAACCACACUAUCCGAAUACAUCAGAGGGUGCCAUGAUUACCUCGCGCAGACUUUCGCCGUCCAGACGGAUAAGAGCCUGACAUCGAAAGGAUCCAUCACCCGGCCCCAGGAUAAGAGAUGUCCAGCGCGCCUCUUGCCUUGGGGAGAGUUCCUGGAGCUGCAAAGAGACAUGCUGGGAAAGGUCUACUCGAUGUACCCUGGCCAGUCUCGAGACUUUGAGAGCUUGGACUUCCUCCGUGGUCUCGGGGAGAGGAUGGGCAAGAGAAAGGUGGGGAACGAGAAGGACCUUGAACACGUUCAGCACAAUGCGGUGGAGACGCCGGUAACAUCGAUUAUAGAGCAGCUGCAGAUCGAGGAUACAGUACGUGACGGGUUGGACCUCGGAGCCGGCAUUGUUUUCGAGAACCAUCCGAACGUUGCGAGCGACGUCGCCGAGGAACCGCAGCAGCGGCUCACAGGCCAAAACACCCCACCCAACAUACCGACCGGCUCCAGGCCUGACCUCAACCAAUUACGGGCCGAUCAGAUAUGUGUUUACAAGUGCGACGAGGAUGAUCCGGCUCGGCGUCGGUUGGCUUAUGUUGUCGAGUACAAGGCACCACAUAAGCUUACCCUUCCCCACCUGCGCCUUGGUCUCCGGGAAGUAGACAUCUACCAAGACAUCGUUAAUCGGGUCACAAAGCCGCGGGCGGAGGACGUGGAGGCCCUCUUUCAAUAUCACGCAGACCGGUUGGCGGCGGCUGCUGUUGUUCAAACCUUCCACUACAUGGUUGAAGGGGGCCUUGAAUACAGCUAUAUGACGACGGGGGAGGCCUUUGUUUUCCUGCACAUCGACUGGGCUGACCCGACUACCCUCUAUUUCCACCUGGCUGAGCCUCUUGAAGAGUUCCAAGCGCACGCGGAAAACUCGCUUCAUUGCACCGCCGUCAGCCAAGUGCUCGCUUUCACCCUUCUUGCUCUUGCCUCACCCCUUCACGGGCAAGACGAGAUUCAGAGGACUAUUGAGAGUCUGAAUGUAUGGAGAGAAGAUUAUGAUAGCAUUCUACGUGCUAUCCCGGAAACGGAACGAAAACAGACACCGUCGCCAUCCGCAUUUGAACCGAGGACCUACAGCCAUUUCGAUCGGUCACCCUACAUAUUCCGGUCAAAGAAAAAGAGGGGCAGGCCAGGCGCAUGCAGUUCGGGAUCCGAUCUCCUUAACAGGGAGCCGUCUCCAGAUGGCUCAGAUGACGAAUUCCACAUGCCGGACUCGCCAACCCAGCCAAGGACCUCUAAGCGGUCGGGGACAGCUGGACGAUCUUCUCUACUCGACCGUCUAGGCUCGUCCAACCAGGGUGGCCAGAGUCGUCCGUACUGUACCCAAGGCUGCCUGCUUGGCCUGAUUCACGGGCGCCCGUUGGACAAUAGCUGCCCCAACUUCUCGCUUCAUCGUGGCGAGCAGCACCGUGACCCUCGAUACCACCCCGUAACCCACGAGACAUGGCUGCGGCUACUCCACGAGCAGCUUACCCGGACAUUGGACAAUGACAUCGUCCCUCUUGGGAAGCAGGGCGCACGAGGGAUACUGUUCCAGGUCACACUGAGCAUGUACGGCUACACCAUUAUUGCCAAAGGGACAGUUUUUGCUUUCCUGGAGGACCUUCGGCACGAGGCCGCCGUGUACCAGCGGCUCCAGAACCUCCAAGGCGUUUGCGUCCCGGUUUUCUUGGGAGCCGUGGAUCUCGCUCGCCCGUACUACUAUGACUUCCGGGUUCGCGUUGUCCACGUGAUGUUUCUCUCGUGGGCGGGAGACGAUGUAGUGGACGGCGAUGUGGGAGGGGAUGAUCGGCGGAAGCGGAGCAAGGAGUUGGUGCGCUCAGUCCGUGAUGUCCACCGGGCAGGUGUAGUGCACGGGGACAUACGAGCGGCCAACGCACUCUGGAAUGGGGAGGUCCGGCGGGUCAUGCUUAUAGACUUUGAGCGGGCCGUCCUGGCGGAAUCGCGUCGUCUGCUGCUGUCGCCUGUACGUCUGAAUUUGAAGAGGAAGCGACAAACUGAGCGGUCAUGGAGAUCUUUCAAUGAGGAUGGAGAUGUUGACGGCUCAGCGAAUGUUCUAUUCGUCGACGACAAUAAUUUAGAAAUAGUCGAUUUGGAUAGGUAG